CCCCCCCGGUUCCGCCCCCCUCAGGGCACUCGUUUGUGUGUUCCUGGUUCGCGCCACCGCCCCGGGCAGCCGGGUUGCGAAAGCGAUAACGUAAACGCCCCUUUCCUGCCUCAGGAGAGGUUUCGGCCGCCGGCGGCUGGGAACGCCGACCGGUUCCCCGACCGGCAGAGCCAUCCCGGCCGUUGCCGCUGUGCUGCCCCGCCUCAGCCGGCCGCGCUGUGCAACCGGAAGGGGCGGUGCGGCGACGGCGGCGGUACCGGGUUCGGCGGCAGCUUGCCGUUGCGGCGGCGCCGGGCAGGGGGCCCCGCUGCGGAGCGGAGAUGGCGGACGAGGCGCUCUUCCUGCUGCUGCACAACGAGAUGGUGGCGGGGCUGUACCGCGCCGCCGAGCAGAGUGAAGGGGAGAACGGCCGCUGCACCACCAAGCUGGAGAGCAUGGGCUUCCGUGUCGGGCAGGGGCUGAUCGAGAGGUUUACAAAAGACACUGCCAGGUUCAAGGAUGAAUUAGAUAUUAUGAAGUUCAUUUGCAAAGAUUUUUGGACAACUGUAUUCAGAAAACAAAUAGAUAACCUAAGGACUAAUCAUCAGGGUAUUUAUGUCCUUCAGGACAAUAAAUUUCGUCUCUUGACACAAAUGUCUGCAGGAAAGCAGUAUUUAGAAUAUGCGCCAAAGUAUUUAGCAUUUACCUGUGGACUAAUCAGAGGAGGCCUAUCGAAUUUGGGAAUAAAGAGUAUUGUAACAGCUGAAGUUUCAUCAAUGCCUGCAUGUAAAUUUCAGGUGAUGAUACAGAAGAUGUAGAGCACGUUCACAUCUGGGUCUCUACCUUAAAAAUCCUUUGUGGGUGGAUUCGGUAUCUUGGUUCAGCACAUUGUAUGUAGCUUGUAAAUUAUAGCAGUGUGCAGCACAAUUCCAAAAUAUGUAAUAAACGCUCAACAAAUUAACUUAACACUA